UCUCAAGGCGUAGUCUAGAGUCAGUAUCGAGUUGCGCUGCUCACCGACUCACUGACAGAGCGGAGCCGGUGCUCAGACUGCGAGUCAGACAGAUUCUCUCCUUCAGCCUCAAAGACUCGGCAGAGCUGAACUCGGUAGAAGCAGGACUAGUGCGUCCCAUUUAAAGCUGAAGACAGAAGCGGGUCCCGGCACCACAGCGGGUCUACACGGACAUUAGCGAUGGAUUUAACUGCAGCUGUGUGGCUUUUCUCUGCUCUUUUUACGGCCGCUCGAGCUAACAGUGACCACCACGCCCACUCGCUCAGCGUCUCCGCCCCUCACAUGUCCUACGUCUGCCCGGAGGGGGCCAACGUUACACUGGUGUGUGCUCAGGCCGGAGCCAAGGCCCACCCCACCGAUCACCUGCAGCACGUGUGGCUGUUCACGCCACACAUGGACCAGCAGUGUCACCCCCGCGAACACCCACGCCUUUAUGGCAAGACAGGCCAUAGCAACCGCUCGUUGGGUGUGGUGUACGGAGCACAGGCAGAUUCAUUCUCUGUCACACUGCUGGAUGUGACGGACAAUGACCAGGGCAGAUACUGCUGCCUUGCUCUGGACAUUCUAGUAGACCAUCACAAGAUGGGCCGAGUGCAGCAGUCAGCACACAGCUACUUAAUGCUGACUGUUACAAAACGUGGAAAUAAUACUAGUGGGAAGUGCAUACAAUACGACUACAAGCCCUCACAAGGCUCAGUGGCUGCAGGUUUUGCAACAGCAGCAUGCAUUAUGGGCAUUCUAUGUCUGCCUCUUAUCCUGGCGCUGGUGUACCGCCAAAGACAAGGAGCGCACGGGAGCCGACGUGCACACGAGCUGGUCCGAAUGGACAGUGAGGCCCGCGGGCACGAGAAUCCAGUAUUUAUGGCAAGUUCCCCUCAGCCCAAAACACGGACUGUGUCUCAAAUUCUCACUCGGCAGUCAUCUGAAACUGGACGCCACCUACUGUCGGACCCUGGAACCCCCUUCACUCCAAACUCACAUGGUGAUGUGUUCUUCCCUUCACAAGAGCCGAUCCCUGAGUCACCUGACUUCAUGCAGGUGUAGGAUGGAGAGAUUCUGCAAUCUGUUCUUUCUCAGCCCUCUGGAAGUGCCCUGCGCUUUUUUCUUCUCCCUCCACUUCAUCCCUCUAUCUUUCCUCCCCGUUUUCUAUGACUCUGGGAGAAACACUUACUCUAGGGGAAUAUGAAGAUUUCUAUGAACAUUGUCCACCUGCAACAACAGCCAGAGGCAGUGAGGAACUUCAUCUCACCUGCUUUAUGUUGUAGUAGGGGCAACUGCACCUGAUGUCAAUAGAGUGGGUUUCCUGUCCAGUGAUGAUACAGACUGCAUGGAAUGUUCCAUAGCAGAGGGUUUUAGGGGUGGUUUUAAAAAAAGAUGUACAGAGUGAAACAGUGGCUUUGGAGAGAGAGAGAGAGAAUGAAUGUUGGAUCUUCUCACUUUCUCCUGUUUCUCCAAUUCUGUGAUCAGUCACUGAAAGUAAAACCACUGGAUGCAUAUCAUAGUUUAGGGGUUGGCAAUGUGAUAUCACAAUGUCAAUAUCACAAUAUGUUACAUCAAAAUAAGCCUUUAAGACCUUAUACAGGGUGUCAUCAGAGCAUCUCAAUGGUGAUUCAUAAUGGAUAUUGUGAAAGUAUCUUCAAGGAUCAUGAUUUUUUGUGACAUAUUGCCCCCCCUAGUAUAGUUAGGCCUUAUUUUUUUCACCAUACAGUUAAAGACGCCUCAGAGCAUCCAGAAUACCUGCACUUUAAACUUCUCUUCUUCUUUUCUUUUAUUUUUUUUUCCUUUCAAAGUAGACUAUGUUCUGACUAGGUCUGUCACAAUUAAGCUGACUGCAGUUAUUUUAUUAUUUGUAUUUUGUAUUUAGUAUUUUUCCUUUGGUUUGAGGCAAAUGUGUGUGUGUGUGUGAAUAAAAGAAAGCAGAACAUGUUUUCUCAUACAUUAUAAGUCUUAGGGGAACAACAACAGGGCAGACUUGAAUAAUGUUUGUUUAUUUGAGCUCAAGCCAUUUUUAUCAUUAUCUACAGCUUGGAAGCAAAAUCAGAUGGCAAUUAAUCGUCAGCUAUAAUUUCAUGACUGUGACAGGUCUAGUUUGGACUUCCCUCCCUCCCCAUUCAAGCCUCAUUUCCCAAACUGAGUGCCUCAGUAAUAAAGACCCAUGGUGUCUGGUGCUUUCCACGUAGUAGCCUGUGUGUUGUGUGUCAUUGAAACAUGCUACACACUCUUAAUGUGUGUGUUUGUAGCUCUGGUGGUAAAAUUUUAUCACCAUCAAAACUGCCAUAACUGCCAAAGAACUUGCCAUUUUUAGCUUUAAAAUAAUGAAAGAAUAUUGAUAUAUGUAAGGUUUUAUAUAGCUUUUAUAUUGUAUUUUUAUAAUGCAAAUUCAUAUGUGUGUGAGUAUGUAUGUGAGUACAAAACCUUCAGCAGGAUCUGAAACUUAUUUCACAGAAUAAAGGGUUAUGUACUGUUAAUCAUUUAUUCGGCAGAUCAUAUAAUGGGCACUUUUGUAGAUGGAUGGAUGGAUGAUUGGAUGGACAGUGAUCAAUGGCUGAUCCAAAAAUGUAAAUGCUUGGUAAAUUAGGUGUAAUUUUUUGCUUGAAUUGCUUGUGGAUAUGGUCAAUAUUAAAAAAAAAUAUUCUUAGUAGUAUUCAGCUGCAGCCCAAUAGCAAGCCUCAGGCUGGGCAAAGUCUUAUCUUGGGUGGAAGAAGCCCCAGCAUGGGCGGAGAAAGUCCCAGUUUUUGUGGAAGAAGCCCCAGUUUAUGCAAAUGCUUACAAAGUAGCUAUCUGGCUGAAAAAUCAUUGGGAUAGCUUACAGUAACGUUAGGUUACAUUUAAGGUUAGGGUUAGAUCUUUUAAUAUAUAAUUAUUAUAGGUUAGUGAUAUUAUCCAACUUUAUUUAAAAGUCUAACUACAAAUCUAAAUAAAUCACAAUUUCUAGAAAGCUAACCUAGCUAGGUGCUUCUUCUGCCCAAGCUAACACCUUGAGCAACCUGGCCUUUGGUCUAGUGGGCUGCGUCUAAAUAUCACUCACAAGGUCUGUAUGGCCCAACUGAUAUGAUAAUUUUGGGACUGUUGUGAAUAAUUUUAAGAAGCGAAAAGCUGUGCUAAUAUAAUUUAGUCAAAAAUGAAACAGGCACCAGUAGUUUUAAGUAAACAUUGUAAUACUUAGAGAUAUGACUGACACUUCUCUCAUUUCAGAGGUUUAAAUAAACAACAGAAUUUCAAAAAGUCUCGGAAUAAUAUCAAGAUUGUAGGUCAGGGCAGAGCUUCACAGAAUUCUCAGUGGUUUUGCUGUUUUUUGUUGAUUACAUCUAAUGUUUCUUAUUUUUAUCAUUCAAAGUGACUCAUUUCUGUAACAUUAUCCUCAUGCUAAAGGUUACUUUGGACACACUGUAUGUGCUUUUUAUUAUUUUAACCAUGAUGAUAUUUUGUGCAUAUAUAUUGCCAGGUUAACCUAUAACACGUGAAUGAGUGGUGUCUACCAGCUUAGAGGUUUUUAUAAAAUGAAUGGUUGCUUCACAUCAGAGGUGUCUGUUAUUUAAAAAGUACAACAUGCCACUAAACAUCGGUGCUAUAUUGGCGGGAUUUAUUCUGGUACUUAUAAAUUCAUGUGCUGAUAUAUCGCUCGGACCUUAGUCUAUUUUUUUUCAGUUAUUUUGUGUACAUGUGUAUGCAUGAGUUUUUGUGUGCAAUGCAAUGCAAGUAGCCAUCACGUGAAAUGUUAUCCAAUUGCUGUAGAAAUAUAAAAAAAAAACAAACUUUAUCUCAUUGUUUAUUUUGUACAAUAAAAAAAAGAUUCUUAUA